AGCAAUCUUUUGAAAGAGAUGCACACGCAAGUAAAUUCAUAUCCAGCAUCGUUUGAUGAUUUCUUGGAAAAUCCAAACCUCAAUCGGUUUCCGAACGUUAUAUGUCUCGACCGAUCCAGAGUCAAAGUGAGCAAAACAUAUGGGAUGGGAAACUAUUGUCACGCAAGCUACGUGGAUUCCUAUGACGAGAAAAAUGGAUACGUGCUUUCACAAGCUCCCUUCUCUUCAGAAACAGAAGAACUAUUUUGGCGGAUGGUGGUUGACGUCAACCCGAAAAUAAUACUUGUUCUUGGAUCUUUAGCGAACGCCAGUGGACCAGUGAUGCGACGAUUCUGGCCUGAAGCAACCGAAAAAUCUUAUUCGAAUAAAAUGAAAGUAAUUCUUACGAAUGCGGGAAAGAACAAUACGUCUUGCCAUUUCCAGAAAGGAUAG